CAGCUGGGAUGGCAAACAUCCCCCAACCCCCACCUAGAAGAUAUUAUUCCACUAGAUCUGAUACUGGAUAAUUAAGCUUCUUCAGUACUGCUACUAGGGGGAAGUAAUCUCGCCAACAAGAAGAUCAUGCGUAGGGACACUGCAGAGCGACAAAGUAGAUCGAGCUUCAAUGAGGCAAAAAGCCUGCCGCAUAAAAUAUCAUCUACAUCGGACAAUGAUGAAGCAAAUACUGGUAAUAAUAAGAAGAUUAUUCGUAGGGACACUGAACGACAAAGAAGGCAGAAAAUGGCCAUUCUUAAUGCAUCACUUAGAUCGUUGCUGCCUGUUGAAAUGAUUAAGGGAAAGCGUUCGUUAUCGGAUCACAUGAGCGAGGCCGUGAAUUAUAUAAAAUACCUAAAGAAUAAGCUCGAAGAGCUGAGUGUCAGGAGUAAUAAGCUUAAGGAAUUAUCUAAUUUUAGUGUUCUCGGUCUAGGAAAUCAAAGAUCGGAUAAUAAUCUUCCGAACCGUGUUAUGGUCCACCCUUGUUGGGAUGGAGUAGAGAUUGUAAUAACUAGCAAUGUCAAUGAGGACAGUUUGCUUCUGUCAGAGGUGCUCGAAAUCUUGCUCGAAGAAGCGCUUAGUGUAGUCACCUGCGGUUCUACUAAAGCAAAUGAAAGGUUAAUUUACACUAUUCAGGCGAAGGUAUGUUGGGUUGAUAAUUCACUUAUUUCUAGGUUUAGGGUUUACAUGAUGAAGAUUAUGAAAUAUCCAACAGAACUUUUUUUCUGCAAUUGUCUUUUGAAUCACAGGUCAAUGAUUUUGGUUGCGUCCUUGAUCUGCAUGGGUUGCAACGGAAAUUGAAUGCACUCGUCAUGUCAUCCACGCGCUGAGAAGCAUUCACUUGAUCUGAACCCUAAACGUGGUUAAUUUUGUUUAUAUAUAUGUGUCAC